AAAAAUAAUUUGAAAAUAGAAAUGGGUAAUUGUUAAGCAUGUAUGAAUGAUCCAUAAAAUACAAAUGAAUAUGGGGGUCAUUAGAAUGCUAAAGCAUCUUUACACUCAAUAGUUAGAAGAUCUUAACCAUUUUCAAAAGCAUCAUUAGCUGAGAUAAUUAAUACUUCAUAGCAUUAAUUGAGAACAAGUCAAAAGCCUUCAAUAAAUAUUUAGAAGGAAGCAUCAUUAUCAAUGGUUGGAAAUGGUGUAGAUAUUUAAAAAUAGAAGACAAAUUCUGAAUAAUUAAUGUCUGUACAUUGUCCAGUAGCAAAGCUUGCAUAGCCUUGGGGUAGACCAGCAAGUGAACUAGAAAGUUUGAUAGGUGCAAAAGUGAAAAUGGUGCGUAAUAAAUUAAAGGAAUACUAAUAUACAAGAGGUGAUGAUCCAGAGGCUGUUUAUUUAGAGCCUUAAAUAUUUGAGUAAGGAAUGGUCUAUGAUGGUUAAUGGAAAUAUGGAUUAAGAUAGGGUAGAGGUAUAAGCUAUAUUCUAAAUUAAAGGGAGAUAAGUAUGGAAGGAAGGAAGUUAUUAUGAAGGAUAUUGGAAAAAUAGUUGUGCUCAUGGACAUGGCAGAUUGAUACAUGCAGAUGGAGAUUAUUAUGAGGGAGAAUGGGAUAAUGAUAAAGCACAUGGAUAAGGGAAAUAUGUACAUGCAGAUGGUGCAAGUUAUGAAGGGUGUUGGAAAGAUGACAAAUAAGAUGGGGUAGGUCAUGAAAUAUGGCCAGAUGGCACAAGUUAUAAAGGAGCUUAUAUAUAAAGUAAGAAGGAAGGACAUGGGAAAUUUAGAUGGCCAGAUGGAUCAUAUUAUGAAGGGGAAUUCUUAGACAAUGCUAUUCAUGGUAUAGGAACUUAUGUAUGGGGUGAUGGAAGAACAUAUAUAGGUUAAUGGAGAUAAAACAAAAUGCAUGGAUCUGGAGAAUUUAAAUGGGCAGAUGGUAGAAGAUAUAAAGGAUCUUAUUAGAAUGAUAAGAAAUAAGGUUAUGGAACAUUUGAUUGGCGUAAAUCUCUUUAAUAUUUGUCUAGCUGAUGGAUCUAAAUAUGUAGGAGAAUGGCAUGAUGGUAGAUAACAUGGAUUAGGAUCAGUAAUUGAUGAAAAAGGAGAAGAACAUAAAGGUAGAUGGGAUAAUGGUACAUUAUUGGAAUGGAUUACUUAAAAGGAUUGAGAUAGAUUAUUUAAUUAACUAUAUAGU